UUUAAGGUCCCUCCCAACCCAACUCCUUCCCUGAUGCCAUGAUUGGACCCAGUAACUCUGUGUCCACCUGCCUCAGCCUCUGCUCCUUCCCCAAGUCCUUCUCCCUCAUCUCCUGGAGUUCUGGAGCAGGAAAUUCUUCCCACCCCUCCCACACACUCCAAUUUAAUGUCUGCUCUGAAACAUGAUUUCCCCUCAGAGUUUUGACAGGAAUCUCCUUCCAGAGGAGAGGUUUUCCCCUCGUGACCUCAUCAGGAAAGUCAGGGAGAGGAAGGAGGAGCUGGGGCUGAUCAUCGACCUCACCUACACCAGGCGCUACUAUGGGCCAGAGGAGCUCCCAGCCACACUCUGCUACUCGAAGAUCCUGACCAUGGGACACGAAAUCCCAAACAAACAGACCAUUUUCCAGUUCAAAUGUGUGGUAAAGAAGUUUCUGAAUGACAACAAAGAUACAGACAAACUCAUCGGGGUUCACUGCACCCAUGGCUUGAACAGGACUGGAUACCUGGUGUGCAGGUACCUGAUUGAUGUUGAAGGCAUGGAGCCAAACGCUGCCAUAGAGUUGUUCAACAAAUCCCGAGGGCAUCCCAUAGAGAGAACCAACUACAUCCAGGAUCUCAGGAACAGAGCUGGGAAAAAGAAGUGUGGACUGAAGAGUUUGGGCUCAGGCCCCUUCAGAGAAAAAAGCAGCGCCCCAGCAAACCCCAGAAAGCAGAUGGUCAAAGCCCACCCUCCUCGCUCGGCCCAGCCCCCCCUGGCAGUGCCCAGGUAGGUGUUUGUCCCUGCCCUCUGUGCCCUGAGCUGAGCAGGCACAGCCAACAGCUGCUCCCUCAGGUUUAAACACCCUGAACUGGACUUUUCCCGAGCCCCACCCAUUGCCUUCCCAGCUCUGAGGGGGGAAAAAACCUCUCUGAAAUUGUUGUAUCAGUGGUGAGGUUCUUGUGCCUGCAAAGCUCUGCCUCUGAGUGGCAUUCCUGUGCCUGUGGAUGUGGAAUGACAUCACUGCCAGGGUUCUCAGUGGGGCUGGAAUGUUCUCCUGCUGAGGCAUUUAAAGGAUUUUUGGAUCAGCAAGUGAGGCAGCUCCUCCCUGAGAGUGAAGUGGGGCCUCCCCCUGUUCCUGGGCUCAGCAGGGAAGGAGCUUCCCCUUGUCCUGGGGGGCAAAUCCCAGCUGGGAGAGGUGUCCUCCCACCUCCCACCUGUGUGGGAGCUCCAGACCCACUGCAGGGACAUGUGUGGAGCCAGGGGGCCUCCGAGGGGCUUGUCCAGCCCCACCCUGAGGGGCAUGAAAAAUGAUCCCUGCUGAAAACUUCACUUGCUGUGGGAAAUCAAGAGGGUUUUUUCCAUUUCUCCCCCAAUUUUCACCCCAUUUCUUCCUGUUUUUCCUGUUUCCUCCC